UCUCCCUUCUUCUUUGCUUCUCCCCUUCACCCUAUUUAAGCUAACCAAAUUUUCAGAAACAACGAUGACAGAAUGAGGAAAUCAACCAGAAAAGCCCCUACAUCUCUGUUCUAAAAUGAUGUUGCUCAUGUCCAAAGGCACUCAGAUCAAACACAUCAUGCUACCACCUUCUCGCCGAGAGUUCAGGGAUAUUUAUGUUGUGUUCGAGUUGAAGGAGUCUGAUCUCCACCAGGUGAUUAAGGCCAACGAUGAUUUAACUGCUGAGCAUCAUCAGUUUUUCUUGUACCAGCUUCUCUGUGGUCUUAAAUAUGUUCACGCAGCUAAUGUGUUUCAUAGGGAUUUGAAACCAAAGAACAUUCUAGCUAAUGAUGAUUGCAAAUUGAAGAUUUGUGAUUUUGGACUCGCUCGUGUUUCUUUCAACGACGCUCCAACUGCUAUAUUCUGGACUGAUUAUGUAGCUACUCGGUGGUAUCGUGCCCUUGAGCUAUGUGGAUCGUUUUUCUCGAAAGUAAGAUUAUUUUUUCACUGAACCCAACUUCUAUAGUUACCUCUCAUUCUAAAUGUACUUCUUUUUCAUAUUACAGUAUACACCUGCGAUUGUUAUCUGGAGUAUUGGUUGCAUUUUUGCGGAAAUGCUUUUGGGUAAGCCUUUGUUUCCUGGAAAAACGUGGUGCACCAAUUGGAUCUUAUGACUGACUUCCUUGGCACUCCACCUCCUGAGUCUAUAUCAAGGGUAGUCACUCAAUAAUUUUAAGAAAAACACUAGAGAUUGACCCGCGCAUCCGUGCGGGUAUUGGUUUGUACAUUUUUAUAAUCGAUAUUUAUUUCUCAUAAUUAACGUUAUAUAUUUUAGAUGUAUCAUAAUAUAACUAAUGAUAUUCAAAAGACUUGGACCGAAUCAGGUAAUAUGGCUAUUUUGUUACAAAUAUCCGAAUCCGUUUUAGAUAUAUUGGUUAUUUAGAUAUUUUUAGGUUCAUAUACAUCAGAACUGAAUUCAUCCAGAUCCAAAAUGACUCAACUCAAAAACCAAACAUAAAUUUGUAAUAUUUAUGCGGGACCUUGUUUCAGAACAAAAAAAAAUGAUAUCCGAAGGAACAACAUGUACAUAAAUGGAUAGAUAAUGUUAAUUUAUAACUGAUUUUAUAAACUAAUAAAAAAUAUAUUUUUAUGUGUUUGACUAAAAUAAGUGAAAUAGAAAGAGGUUUUUGUUAAGUAAAGUAAUUUUAUGGAGUGAAAUUAAGUGGCAAUAAAUGUAACACAUUUUUAUUAUUUUGAUUUAAGUUAUUAUUUUAUUUACAAAAACAUAUCUUUAAUUAUGUUUUAGGCUACGUAAUUUUCUACCGAUUGAAACUCAAUAAAAAUGUUUUAUAAAACAAACUAAACCAAACAUUUAAUCAUAUGAAAAACCUAGUUAUUUAACAUUUUUGAUUUUAUAAUUGGCACAAAGUUAAUAUUGAUUAGCUAAUAAAUAAAAAUAUACACUAUUAUUAUGGUAAUAUAAUUAAUGAUGUGAAUUAUUGUUAAAGUAAUAUAAUUAAUGAAAUUGUUAAACUAAGUGAAAUAUGAAAAUGUAAUUAAUAGAUACUGCUAUUCAUAUAUAUAAACAAAUUUCAUUAAAACUACUAUUCAAGUUUCCAAACAAUUCAUUGUGUACUUCAACUUUAAUAAUAUAGAUGUUCAAUUUUUUGUCUAGCAGAUUAAUGUGUUACAUACCAUCGUCAUUUGAUAGUGAAUUAAUCUAAUAAUAUAAAGUAGAAGGAGAUUAUCUUCUCCUUGUGCCACGGCAGAAAAUAAAACAAGGAGAACGCGCCACGUGUCCCAUGAUGUCUCGAGUUUUUCUUUUUUUUUUCUUUUGUGGACUGAUUUUGAUGGGCUUUGACAAAUAUUUAUUCUUUUGUUGGCUAAGAAACGUUAUUUGGGAUGACCAAAAAAAUCUAAUAGGUUACCAUCUUCACACUUUGUCUUCUUCGAUGUAAGUGUUGUUCGUUUGUGUUGUAGGGGGUAACCCACGAAUUGGUUGAAUAAGGAACCAAGGUUUAAAUCGGAUCGACCAAAGAUGUGGCCGAUUGGUCGAUAUGGCCAGAUUAUGACUUGGUAACCUGAAACAAAGGGAAUUAAAUGAUAUGAGGUUUAUGAUAUGAAUGGAAUCAAGCUGCUGGAUGUGUAUCACUCUCAGCUUGAUUAGAAGAUGAACUGAAGUGGAUUUGCGGAGGAAGGUUUGAUUGAAUCUCUCAAUCUGAUGGAAUGA